GGUUCUCAAUUCCCGCGACGUGACGCUGUGCUAAUCUCACAGCGGACCGGCUGUGUAUACUCGGCUGGUGGUGGAAGCAGACCCGGUUUAAAGCAGAAACAAGGCUGUUGGAAACCCUGAACACCCAUCAUGUCAAAGCUGAGCGGGAAGGUCCAGACUGUCCUGGGUCUGGUGGAUCCAGACCAGCUGGGCCGCACCAUGACCCACGAGCACCUGACGAUGAGCUUCGAGUGCUGCUACUUCCCUCCUCCUCCGGGUGACGAAGCGGUGGCAGAGAACCCGUUCCACAUGCAGCACAUGUACUGGCUGAGACAAAACCCCUACAGCUGCCAUGAGAACUUGCUGCUGCUGCAGGAGACCAGCGCCGUGCGGGACGAACUGCUGGCCUACAGGAAGGCCGGAGGGGGCACGAUAGUGGAGAACACCACCACGGGCAUCGACCGGGACCUGCCCACCCUCAGGCAGCUGGCCAAGGACACCGGGGUCCACAUCAUCGCUGGAGCAGGGUACUAUGUGGACUGCACCCACACAGAAGCCACCAAGAAAAUGAGUGUGGAGAAGCUCACUGACAUCAUCAUCAGCGAGGUGCUUCACGGCGCCGACGGAACAGACAUCCGCUGUGGCGUGAUCGGAGAGAUCGGCACCAGCUGGCCGAUUACAGAGAGCGAGAAGAAGGUGCUGAAGGCCACGGCUCACGCUCAGGCCCAGCUCGGCUGCCCGGUUAUCAUCCAUCCCGGCAGGAAUCCUGCCGCUCCGGCUGAAGUCAUCCGGAUUCUCCAGGAGGCCGGCGGUGACAUCGGCAAAACUGUCAUGUCUCACCUGGAUAGGACUAUAUUUAAUAAUGGUGAACUGCUUGAGUUUGCUAAGAUGGGGUGUUACCUGGAGUAUGAUCUGUUUGGAACCGAGAUGCUGAACUAUCCCUAUGACCUGAACGUGGACAUGCCCAACGACAGCCAGAGAGUGAAGGCCUUGGCGUUCCUGGUAAAGGAAGGCUAUGAGGACAAGAUAGUGAUCGCACACGACAUCCACACCAAGAACCGUCUGACCAAGUACGGCGGUCACGGCUACUCUCACAUCCUGAAGAACAUCGUGCCGAAGAUGCUGACGAGGGGCAUCUCGCAGCACCAGGUGGAUAAGAUCCUCAUCGACAACCCAAAACACUGGCUGACCUUCAAAUGAGGCAGAAAAGAGACCCAAGGCAGGCGUUUUUGAUGUAGCCAUAACUUUAUCUUCACACGAAGACUGAACAACCCACAAUGAACACUUUGAGAUUCUUGCAAUAAUCACCAGUCCAAACAGAUUCAUAAAUGUGCUUUUUGGACCCUUAAACCAACGAGCUUAUUGGGUUUGUACUUAAUUUGUUUAUUCUUAAUUAUUUUCAGUCAAGCAAAAUGUUUUUAACUUCAUCUACUUUAAAUGGAAAAUAAUUAUAGGCCGUCAUUUCAUUUAACCAAAAAUAUUUAUAGGGACCGACUUGAACAAAGUUCAAACAUGAUUUUAUAUCUGUGAUUAUACAUUAUUCACUUUGUAAGCAAAUUAUAUAAAGUAGCCUUGCAGGAUCACAGUGCCUCUCAUUAGCAGUCUUGUUUUGGUCCACAAAAAAAAUGCUUUUGUUUGUCUACAGAAAUAUGAAUACAAUCGAAGACAAAUAUUUUUCUUCUCCCUGGA